CAAACCUUUAUUAUUAUUGAAUUUGUACUAUUUGGAGUUUGGACUGUUUUGAUUCACAAGAAGCUUUCUAACACAACUGUAACCUUUUAAAACAAUCUAUCAAUCAAAAAAAUUGUACUAAAAUGGUAGAUAAUUUGGGAUACACGAAAUACGAUGAAGUUUUUACAUCUAUUUUAGAAAAUGAAAAAUCCAUUUUAGGUUUUCUUUCAGCGAUAUUUAACUUUCUAGCAAGACGUACUGACUUUUAUUAUGUCCACGAUGGCACGCACACGGAUAUGGGUUUUCCUCCAGGAGUGGCUGAAGAAUUGGUUAUUAAAGUAUUAAGAAAAUGCGACCCGAAGAAUUGGAAACUAGAUGAGGAUAAUCAAACAGAUAUAAAUAAUGAGAUCAUGUGUUCCACAGUCGCUCAGGAAGUGGAAGUUGUUUCUCAGGAAGAUGAACAAGAAGUUGAAACUGAUAUGGAUGUGUCAAAACCAAUGGAAGGAAUAAAUUUAAAUGAAGAUACUAACAUCAAAGAGAGAUCCAUCUUUCCCGAAGAUUAUGAGCCUCCUGUAAUAGUUACACAAAAAAAUAGUGAGUCUUAUAAUGGUGCAAUUAGAGAGAAAUAUUCCUGGUCACAAACCAUCAUGGAUUUAGAUGUAACAAUAAAACUUCCGCCUGAUAUAAAAUCUUCAAAAGAUCUCAAAGUCACAAUAAAUCCUGGUGAUGUAUGUGUAGCACGUAGUAACGGAGAUAUCAUCAUCAAAGACACGUUGCCAUUUAAAAUUAAAACAAUCGAGAGCUUCUGGAGCAUCAGUGAAAAUAGACUGUUGAUACAUUUAGAAAAACUCAAAGAGCGAUGGUGGAACAAAUUUUUAAAUGAAGAAGAAGAAAUAGAUCUUUCUAAAAUAGACUGUUCAAGACCUUUAGAUGAAUUACCAGAAGAUAGUAUAGCCAAGGUAAGGGAGUUGCAAUGGAAUCAAGAACAAAAAUUAAAAGGACUCCCAACAAGUGAUGAAAUAAGAAAUAUCGAAAUUUUAAAAAAGGCAUGGAAUGCAGAAGGUUCCCCAUUCAAAGGCAAAGAGUUUGACCCAAAUAUUCUUAAAAAAUAAACACAAAAUAAGGCACAUUAUAAGCAUAAUCCAAAUUAAUUCUUAUUGAUAUUGACACAAUGUAUAUUGUUAUAAUAUUUUCAAUGCAAUUAAAACCCUGUAAGAACCAA